AUGCAAUUCCUCAAAUUUCUGGUCCUUUCAACGGGGCUGAUAUCGCACGCUAUCUCCUCAGAAUCCUCAAAGUGUCCCAACAUCUCUCCCGGUCCAGCAUCCUCAUUCCAACUCGCGGAACUUCUACCCAUAUCCCCUCUCACAGAUCACAUUGCUACAGAGACUAUCCGUAACAUAUUAUCUCUAUAUGCAUUUGCCAUUGACGGACGGAAUUGGCAAGCAUUCUCCCGGGUUUUUGCCCCAGACGCCCGAGCGAAUUAUUCAGAGCCCCUACCUGUUCUCUAUGGACUCAAAAAUAUAACCGAUGCUGUUGCAGCCCAAAUAACCCAAUUCUCAGGGACGCAUCAUAGAUACAGUACCCAAUAUAUAGCGAUAUGUUCGCCUACGUCAGCGAUCUCCAUAACGUAUCUUGAAGCUAGCCAUUUUUUCUUACCGCAUACGUCGCCGGCUAUAGAGGAUGAUAGUCAUACCCUUUUUGCGACAGGGAGGUAUGAAGAUACGUGGAAGAAGGCGAAUGGAACUUGGAAGAUUGUGAAUCGAAAUUUAGUUUUUAUUGUGAGUAAUGAAGUGAGGAAUAUUGAUGGUGAAGGGGGUGGUACUAAUACUCUGAAUAGGGACCGUUCAUCUUGGAUGCUGCGUAAGAGCUUAAUUUUGGGUUUUCCAACUCUGCUUGAAGUUAGUAGCUUUGAUAAGUAUUGGAAACCAAGAUUCUCAGACUUUCAGAAGUAUAAACAUUGGGUAGAAUAUGCUUUGGAGAGUCGUAUAGAAGAGUGA